AAACCCUAUUCCCCACUCACGCACCCUGCCCCUUUCUCUAUCUAUUCUAUCUCUAUCAACUCCCUACGCACUCUGUCUAUAGUUCUGCCGCUCGGUCGGCACUUGCAGCGGCGCUCUUCGCUCUCCGACCUAAAAUAAUAUUUUGAAGAUUCUGAAAACCCAUUCCUCGUCUUAAACACACAAUCUUCUCCAUCCCGCCGGGGACUCCACUCCAUCGUACAUUAAGUUGCUUGCUGUUUAGUUCAGUUAAGAUGGGGCUUUCCCUUGGAGAGAAGAACUUUAUAAAGGGGGGAAUAGCUCAAGAUAUUCGAACGGAUGGUCGUAAACGACUUACUUACCGGCCCGUUUCUGUGGAGACCGGUGUCAUACCACAGGCAAGUGGCUCAGCAAGAGUCAAGAUGGGUGCAACAGAUGUGAUUGCAAGUGUGAAGGCUGAGCUUGGAAAGCCGAAUGCAUCUCAUCCUGACAAAGGAAGGGUUUCCAUAUAUGUUGAUUGCAGUCCGACAGCUGAACCAACUUUUGAGGGUAGAGGCGGUGAGGAAUUAUCUAUUGAACUGUCUACAGCACUUCAACGGUGUCUCUUGGGUGGAAAAAGUGGAGCAGGGGCUGGGAUCGAUCUCUCGUCUCUGUCAAUUGUUGAGGGCAAGGUUUGUUGGGAUAUUUAUAUUGAUGGCCUCGUGGUUAGUUCAGAUGGAAAUUUACUGGAUGCCUUGGGUGCUGCCAUUAAGGCUGCUCUUAGCAAUACAGCUAUCCCAAAAGUUGAAGUCGCAGCCAAUGCCUCAUCAGACGAGCAGCCAGAGGUUGAUGUAAGUGAUGAGGAAUUUCUACAGUUUGACACGAUUGGAAUCCCUGUCAUAAUUACUUUAACAAAAGUCGGUAGACAUUAUAUUGUAGAUGCAACUGCAGAAGAGGAGUCCCAAAUGAGUUCAGCCGUCUCCAUUUCUGUCAAUAGGCAAGGGAGAAUAUGUGGACUGACCAAACGUGGUGGUGCAGGUCUAGACCCAAGCAUUAUACUUGACAUGAUUUCUGUUGCUAAACACGUAAGCGAGCAGUUGAUUGACAAAUUGGAUUCUGAAAUAGCUGCAGCCGAGGCUUGUGAUGAGGAAUUAUAAUAUAGACUCUUCGUAUUACCUAGGUCUUUUAAUUUAUGUAGUGCAAUGGGACAUAAUGCUUGAAAUUUAUUGUUGAAUAUAGGAUAUAAAAAGAGCACGAGCUUUAUUCUACUCUUCUUUUUGACGUGGUUUGACCAUAAUCUAGUAUUUUCAAAGACCUAGUGUAAACAUUUACAGUUGUACUUUACUGUUUUGGGCGUUGCUCUAGUUUCAGCAUUUUCAUCCACGUUGUAUUUUACAUCUUCUGAUAGUUCAUAUUAAUUAAAGCAUCCUUAAAAGGGAUGAAAUUGAAGUAUGCAUCCAUUUGCGAACAA